AAGGGCAGCCUCCAACUAGGAUCUCCGGGCCCUGAGCAACAUCCUUGCUUAGGCCUGAACCACAGAAGCUGCUCAGGGCUAUCCACAGCCUCCCCAUGGCCAAUCUGAGUCUACUCUGUGGCUCUAGGUCCCAUUUGGAACGUCCUGUGGGCUCCAGAUGAGGAAACUGAGGCUCAGACAGCAGGAGAGUCGUCGUGUCCAGGAUACCCAAUUGGGCCGGCGGCGGCGGCUGCCCCGAGGGACGGGGCCCUAGGCGGUGGCGAUGGGGGCCGCCCGGAUCGCGCCCGGCCUGGCGCUCCUGCUGUGCUGCCCAGUGCUCAGCUCCGCAUACGUGCUGGUGGAUGCAGAUGACGUCAUGACCAAAGAGGAGCAGAUCUUCUUGCUGCACCGUGCCCAGGCCCAAUGUGAGAAGCGGCUCAAAGAAGUCCUGCAGAGGCCAGCUGACAUAAUGGAAUCAGACAAAGGAUGGGCAUCUGCAUCCACAUCAGGGAAGCCCAAGAAAGAGAAGGCAUCUGGGAAGCUCUACCCUGAGUCUGAGGAGGACAAGGAGGUGUCCGCUGGCAGCAGGCAUCGAGGGCACCCCUGCCUGCCAGAGUGGGACCACAUCCUGUGCUGGCCGCUGGGGGCACCAGGUGAGGUGGUGGCCAUGCCCUGUCCUGACUACAUUUAUGACUUCAAUCAUAAAGGCCACGCCUACCGUCGCUGUGACCGUAAUGGCAGCUGGGAGCUGGUGCCAGGGCACAACCGGACAUGGGCCAACUACAGCGAGUGCGUCAAGUUCCUGACCAAUGAGACUCGUGAACGGGAGGUGUUUGACCGCCUGGGCAUGAUCUACACCGUGGGCUACUCCGUCUCGCUGGCCUCUCUCACCGUGGCUGUCCUCAUCCUGGCCUACUUUAGGAGGCUGCACUGCACACGCAACUACAUCCACAUGCACCUGUUCCUGUCCUUCAUGCUUCGCGCCGUGAGCAUCUUCGUCAAGGACGCGGUGCUCUACUCCGGCGCCACGCUUGAUGAGGCUGAGCGCCUCACGGAGGAAGAGCUGCGCGCCAUCGCCCAGGCACCGCCGCCGCCCGCCGCCGCCGCCGGCUACGUGGGCUGCCGGGUGACUGUGACCUUCUUCCUUUACUUCCUGGCUACCAACUACUACUGGAUUCUGGUGGAGGGGCUGUACCUGCACAGUCUCAUCUUCAUGGCCUUCUUCUCAGAGAAGAAGUACCUCUGGGGCUUCACGAUCUUCGGCUGGGGUCUGCCCGCCAUCUUCGUGGCUGUGUGGGUCAGUGUGAGAGCCACCCUGGCAAACACCGGGUGCUGGGACUUGAGCUCCGGGAACAAGAAGUGGAUCAUCCAGGUGCCCAUCUUGGCCUCCAUUGUGCUCAACUUCAUCCUCUUCAUCAACAUUGUCCGGGUCCUCGCCACCAAGCUGCGGGAGACAAACGCUGGCCGGUGUGACACGCGGCAGCAGUACCGGAAGCUGCUCAAAUCCACACUGGUGCUCAUGCCGCUCUUUGGCGUCCACUACAUCGUCUUCAUGGCCACGCCAUACACCGAGGUCUCAGGGACGCUCUGGCAAGUCCAGAUGCACUACGAGAUGCUCUUCAACUCCUUCCAGGGAUUUUUUGUCGCCAUCAUAUACUGUUUCUGCAACGGCGAGGUACAGGCUGAGAUCAAGAAAUCCUGGAGCCGCUGGACAUUGGCACUGGACUUCAAGCGCAAGGCACGCAGCGGGAGCAGCAGCUACAGCUACGGUCCAAUGGUGUCUCACACAAGUGUGACCAACGUAGGGCCCCGCAUGGGACUUGGCCUGCCCCUCAGCCCCCGCCUGCUGCCUGCUGCCACAGCCAAUGGCCACCCCCAGCUGCCCAGCCACACCAAGCCAGGGUCCCCAGCCGUUCAGACCACACCACCUGCCGUGGCCGCUCCUAAGGACGAUGGGUUCCUCAACGGCUCCUGCUCGGGGCUGGAUGAGGAGGCCUCUGCACCGGAGAGGCCACCUGUCCUAUUGCAGGAGGAAUGGGAGACAGUCAUGUGAUUGGGGACCCGAGGGUUGGACCUGUGGACAUAAGGGUUGACAAGCGGACCAAGAGGCAGGUUGUUGGACAGUUGCCCACUCAGGGCUGGGGCUGGGAGGACAAAA